AUGUCUAGUAAAAAACCUUUCUCGUUCAAGUCAUCUGCGUUAUCUGUAGCUGCAGAUCAGCUGUGGUCUGCUAGCAAAAAAGAAUUUAAAGCGGGCGAUACCUCAGUGAAAUUAGAUCUUGGCAAAACGCUUGGAGAAAAAAGCGAACCUGCCGCUCGUCCUGCGGAAACCACCAAGAAUACUGGAUUCGUUUUUGGCUCGAAAAUUACUGAGCGGGUUAUUGUAGAUAAUAAAGUAACAAAUGAGGGUGAAAAAGAUCUUUCUGCAAAUGGCGAUACAGUAGAAGGAUCAAAAGAAGGAGAUGAGCCUAAAACAGCUAGUGCUGUUUUUGAAAGUAUUUUAAAAAAAGCUUUUUUGUCAGGUCAAGCACCAUCUACUGGUGGUACUUUGGAAAACGAUGGUGCCUCUACUUCUGUGAAGACAAAAGAAAGUCCUGAUAAAAUUAAUGGGAAAGAAACUAGCAAGCAACCAAAGACGAGCAAUGUCGUCAUAUCAACUGGCGAAGAAAAUGAAAUUAAUGUUCAUCAUGCUUCUUGUAAAAUCUAUGCAUUUGAUUCCACACAAAAAAAGUUUGUUGAACGUGGUUUAGCCAACUUACGUAUUAAUCGCUGCGAUGAUGCUGAAAGUUCUACGGAACAUCGUAUAGUCGGGCGCGUCUCUGGUAAUCAACGGGUAAUAAUAAAUUCAAGAAUUUUUCCUGAUAUGCUGUUAGAGAAAAUAUCUCCGAAACGACUGAAGUUUUCUGCCCAAACUCCUGAUUCUGACUUGCCGCUGAUAUUUCUUGCUGUGGCAUCGGAAUUUGUUACGGAGCAGCUUUACAUGGUACUUCAUGAAAUUGUAGAUAAAGCUAAGGUUGAAGCCUCAUCGAGGAAGCGGAGAGCUUCAGAUAAUGAUGACACGGAAGAUAAGAGUGCUCCUAAACGAGCGCUUGCCGAAUCGGAUUCAUGA